AAUAAAAAAUACCAACUACGUUAAGCGAGACGGCUUUUGUAGGACAUGCGUCACUGUGUGAUGAGACUCCCUGCAGUGGCGAGAGCAGCGACAGAAAUGGCUUCGGCUCUGGUUGGAUUGAGAUGUUUGUUCUGUUCUCUUCGUCUCCGAGGUUGGAGCGGAUGUUUAGUCCCUUCGGAGUCAUACUUUCUUGCAAAGUCGCUGAAGAGAAUGGCUAGAGUAAAGGCUUCGGUUUUGUUCAGUUCGAUACGGAGCAGUCUGCUGUCGCUGCUCGUCUUGCCUCCCACGGCUCUAUGGUUGAUGGCAAGAACUGUUUGUGGCUAAGUUCAUUAACAAGGGCGAAAGAGCAGCUAUGUCUGGGAAUCAAGAGUUCACAAACGUUUACGUGAAGAAUCUGCGAGAGUGUUACAGAGGAUUUUCUCCAUACGAUGUUUUCUCAAUGUGGGACGGUCUCUAGUGUUGUGGUUAUGAGGGAUGGUACGCUUGAGCUAGUUCUGGAUAUGAUGCAGAGUAAAGCAAAGAUGGGGUUAGAUUUUGCCAAGCUUGUGAUGGUUGGUCUUGAUGCUGCUGGCAAGACCACUAUUUUGUACAAGCUCAAGCUCGGAGAGAUUGUCACCACCAUCCCCAUUAUUGAUAAGCUGUUUUUUUCGAUUUGUGAAAUGAGUAUAUAUCAUAAACCAAUAACUAUCUAUCUUCUUACAGGUUUCAAUGUGGAAACUGUGGAGUACAGAAACAUCAGUUUCAUAGUAUGGGAUGUUGGGGGUCAAGACAAGAUCCGUCCCUUGUGGAAGUACUACUUCCAGAACACUCAGGGUCUGAUCUUUGUCGUGGACAGCAACGACAGAGAUAGAGUUGUUGAGGCUAGAGAUGAACUGCACAGGAUGCUUAAUGAGGUCACUGUUGGUGGAACUCUUUCGUGGAAGCUCUUAUGGCUUUGGGGAAGAUACUGGCAUUGG